AAAGCGAAUCGGGGACUCCUCAAUGAGCCUCAAUUUUCUAUGUAACUAUCGUAACAAAUAAACUCUCCAUAAAACGGCUUUCUCCUGACACGUCCGUGUAGAGAAGAUCGACAGAAAAAAAACAGAAAAAAAAAAUCCAAGCAUAAGAAGAAGAGAAGAGAAGAGAAAGAUGCAGAUAUUCGUGAAAACAUUGACGGGGAAGACGAUCACUCUCGAGGUAGAGAGCAGCGACACCAUCGAUAAUGUCAAAUCAAAGAUCCAGGAUAAGGAGGGCAUACCCCCAGACCAGCAAAGACUUAUAUUUGCUGGGAAACAGUUGGAAGAUGGCCGCACCUUAGCAGACUACAACAUUCAGAAGGAAUCGACCCUUCACUUGGUUUUGAGGCUCAGGGGUGGGACCAUGAUCAAGGUGAAGACGCUCACUGGGAAAGAAAUCGAAAUCGACAUUGAACCCACUGAUACAAUUGAGAGGAUCAAGGAGCGAGUUGAAGAGAAAGAAGGAAUUCCUCCUGUGCAGCAAAGACCAGCUACAACAAGUUGCCCUUCAUUCCUUCAUCCAGCCCGCCCAGUCCUCUGCUCAGCUUAUCUAUGCUGGUAAGCAGCUCGCAGAUGACAAGACCGCCAAGGACUACAACAUCGAGGGCGGCUCCGUCCUCCAUCUUGUCCUCGCUCUGAGGGGCGGUUAUUGAUCGAACUAUAAGUCACUCUUUUUUGGGGGAUUGUCGCAAAAGAACCAAUUUUAGUGUGAUUCUACCUAAAUGAAUAUAAGAAUAUAUGACGAUUGAGCGCACUUUUUACUACCUUUGUAUUGAAGGGCUCGCACUUCCUGGUUUUUCCAGAUUGUUAUUAUUAUCUAAGAUGUCCGAAUGCUGCUUCUAAAUUGAGUAAUGUCUUAUGCUUUUCUAUAUGCCGGUAAAUUGGGUUUUUCGUGUGCU